AUGAGUGUGCUACGUUGGAUUUACAUGUUGACAUCCUUUCUUACGUUGCUUGACACGAAAAGGACUCAAGUAAACGGAGGUAAGAUAAAGGGGGGAAAUGAAUACUCCUUGCAUACGAUCAGAUCUGCAAAGUUAGUAGAGCUGGAAAUUGACGCGUUACAGUCACGCAGUAGUCCAUGGGAACCCCAUGAAAACUCCCUGCUCUUUUCACAACCACAGCAUGGAUUCAGUUUUGACUAACGAUUGUUAAAACUCUUAUGGAAUUCAAAUAAAUACUUUCCUAAGCCGAAAAUUACGUUAACCAUAGCUGCAGCUGUCAGGUGGCUGUUCUUAGGUAAUAUGCAAAUGUCUAAAUCUUCCUUGUCUCCUGUCUAGAACUGUAAACAACGUGGCAGUUCUUCCUUUCGAUCAGGGUUCUUAAAUUUCCUAAAGUUGCUUUUCUAAGGUCACUGUUACUUUCUGGUUAUCAAAAUGUCAAUCCUGCCUGGACUAUGCAAAGGCAUUGAACACGAAAAUAGUAAAUAAAUGAACACCAGUUCUUUCACGGUAAACUUACUGAUCCGAGGAAUUAAAAUAUUUUUCAUAGACUCAAAGAAGGCUGGUAUAUAUAUUCCUUACAAUAACUCUUCAAACUAUUAGGAUCAAAACUUCUGAAAGAUUAUCACUCGCAACGGAAAUUGUAAACAGUCACUUCACAAAGGGAGGAGUGGGUCUGUAGUCUCGAGAAGUUAACGGAACAAGUGAUCGACACCGGAAGUUGAAAACAUGCUGCACAAACCUAAUAAUGGGCCAAUGAAAUCACGGCCUCUGCAAAGCCAGGUUCCACCAAUCGGUCCCAUUCCCAAGCAUGUGGUUCACUUGAGGGUCUCAAUGGGCUAAUGGCUUUUAUGGCUAACCAUUAAAAUUUGGGCCAUUUUAUGGCGAAUGGUUGAUUUCUUUUCGAUGCGAUUGCAAGAAAAAAUUUUACAUUUAAGUUUUUAAGAAUCACAGUUAAACCUUAUCAGUUUUUACGCCUGACGGCUAAUUUCUUUGCCGUUUUAGGGCUAACGGUUGACCCCAUUGAGACCCUCUCCUUUGGUAAUGAAUUUACCUCUAUUAUCACUUUCCAUUCUUUAAUGACAGAAGAGGCAAAUCCAAUGCUUAGUUAUUUAGAUAUUUCGUUCAAAAAAGAUUUCAAAUCACGAUUUUUUUCCUAACUACUUUACGACCUUCCUGAAAUUACAUUUAAGACCACUGAAGAUAAUUCCAUGUAUGUUUUACGUUUUAACUUUAACUACAAUGGUAUUCAAGUCUAACCACCAAUGUUUUUUGUCCCCCCAUAUUUAUUAAAGGGGUAAGUUUCGAAGGAAACUGUGGUACUGCGUCAGCGGGAGAAUAUAACAGGGUAAUUUGUUAUUUUCAACUGAGUUGAUAAUAUGAAUUGGCCACAGCAAAAAGUUUCAAAGCUGAACUUUCGAGCAUCAGCCCUUCAACAGAGCGAAUGGAGAAGGGCUUACGCUCGAAACGUUAGCUUUGAAGUUCGUUCAAGUGGCCGAUUUACGUUAAAACCAAAAAAACCCAUUAUCGUGGCUGCUUUUAUUUUUUAUUAUAUCUAUAUAUAACAGAGUAUAAGGGGUGAACUAAAGACAAUUGACUGCCAAUUUACCAGGGGGUGGGGGGUAUAAGAACAUUACAGAGCCUUACGGAGGAUAAGGUAAAUUUCAUCAUAAAAGAACCAAAAUUCCCCUCUCCCCUCUUCCUCCCCAAGUGAUGAAUAAUGACAGGUCCCUUAUUUAUUGCUUUUUUCAUCCGUAGUUUUGCUAUGCAGUUCUCCCUGUUUGUUAGUUUCUAACACAACGGAUAUUGUUACCAUGAACAUCCAAACCUCUUCUAUUAACUCAGUUGUAUUGGGUCUAACAAGAGCUGUUGCGAUCGACUAUCAUUUCAAUUUGGGCUACGUAUUUUGGAGUGACGUCACCGAACACAAUAUCAAGCGCCUUCACCUCGAUACUGAUACUAAAACUACAAUUAUCAGCAAUAUUGGAGUUUGCGAUGGACUUGCUGUACAUUGGAGGACUUCCCAGCUAUUUUGGACAGAUACAACAUAUAAUACCAUAUCCGUAUCAGACCUAGAUGGCAAUAACCAGGUUGCAAUAAUUUCCUCUGGUCUCGAUGAACCAAGAGGGAUUGCUUUGGAUCCUGACAAUAGGUAGGUGUUUGUCUGCUCACAAAUUGAGCUAUUAGUGAAUAGUUUUUAAAUUUUUUUAUUAAAAGGGGACAUUCCAGGGUUACUUGCUUUAAUAGGAUAAUCACUACACCUAGUUUCCAUUAACUAACCUGAUUACCUUUCUCAUGUUCUCUCCGUUCAACCCUUCUAUGAUUUCUACAGACAGGUUUAUCUUGAGUUAAAGUUUGAGAUGUGGAAGAUAUAGCUAAUAGAAAUCACUAUAUGAUUGAUUUAACUAAUGUCACACAUGAUCUUAUAUUUUUGGUUUCUGUUCUAUAUUUAUUUAUAUGUUUUGUUCCUGUGUCCCUGUUGUUGUUGUUUUUUUUCUUUGUUUGUUUUUGUUUGUUUGUUUGUUUUUUUCUUUUCUGUUUGGUAAGGUGGGGUGGGAGGGGGGAAGGAAUAGAGGACAGCCGGAGCUAAGUCUGAAAAAUUACCUCUCUGUAUUUUUUUUCUUUUCAAUCGUCCAAAAGUUUUAUGUUCUGGACUGACUGGGGAAUUAACCCCAAAAUUGAAAGAGCUACCCCGAGUGGAAAACAAAGGUCAGCCAUCGUUACAACGAAUCUUUAUCAUCCAAAUGGUCUUGACCUAGACAAAGGAAAUCAACGCAUAUUCUGGGUUGAUGCAGCCUUAGACAGAGUAGAAUCCAUCGAUUACAACGGUGGUAACAGGAAGCUGCUAUUCCAACGGAGUGGUUUACAUCCAUUUGGAGUUACUUUGGUUCCACCCUUCUUGUUUUUUACCGACUGGAAUACAAACAGAGAGGUUCAUAAACUAGACGCCCUGACUGGAGAAGUGUUUCGAAGCUACAGUAUCAAUGGUGGAAAGCCAAUGGGCGUCGUAGUUUAUGAUGGCUCUCGACAACCAUCAGGUCAGUUAAGUCCUUUGCAUGUGAAUACCAAGGGGUUUGUGAAGUCCAUAAUGGAAUUUUAUCUUGAGUUAAGUAAUCAGAUAGACUUCCUUCGUUCCAAACUCCUUAUGCAUUAACAGUAUUUCAAUCGUUUUAUUCUAUUUUCUUAUUUAGUCUCUUACAACUGGAUUCCUACAUGAAUUUUUAAACUUUUGACAAGAUAAUGACGUGAAGUAAACGUUUAAAGUGCUCUCCUAGUACUUUGUCUUUUCUAACGAUGAAAACCUAUUUUGUCUUUGCAAGCGUCAAGUCCAUGUUCUGUAAACAAUGGAGGAUGCAGUCAUUUUUGCGUUCCAAAAGCCUCUGGUCAUGAGUGCAUUUGUCCAACAGGCUUGGCAGUAAAACAGAAUGGAAAAACGUGUGAAGAAAGUAAGUCUUUGGCUCUCGUGCUUGAGUUCUGUAUCAUCUCUUUGGUCGCGUAUUUCUAAUAAAUAUUCUUCAUUAACUUUCAUUGCAGAAGAAAAUAAGUUUUUUCUAUAUACGGAUGCCGACGAGAAAUCGACGAACAUCAUUUCAUUGGAUGUCAACUAUUUAGUAUCCAAAACCUUAUUCGUGCACCUUGGAGAUCAUCGUCCUAUUGCUUUGGACUUUAACCCUCUUGAAGAUCGCGUUUACUGGACUGACGUAAGACAAGGGCGCAUCAUGAGCGCCUUCAGAAACGCAUCUUCAGCAAAAACUUUGUAUUUUUGUAACGUCCUUAAUCCUGAUGGCUUAGCUAUUGACCACGUGGGUCGAAACAUUUAUUGGACAGAUACUGGGACAGACAGGAUUGAAUUGGGUCGUCUUGAUGGAACAAAAAGGAAGGUCUUAUUCAAGGAUGCACUCGAUGAGCCGAGGGCCAUAAUACUUGAUCAAAGAAAUGGGUAAGUGAUUGAAAGCAGUUUUGUUAUGUAUGUCCAGUAUGUCCAGGAAUUGCCUUUUUUCUUUCACCCUUUUUAUCCUAAAUUUGAUAGCCUCAGUCCAUUUUUCUAAAUUUACUCCUAGUUUUUGAUAGCUCCUUUUGUUCUGAUCCAUAACAAUAGGCAAACAAAUUGCGUUCAAAAAGACUCUAAGGAAACCAACUUUUCUUAUCUUUGUUUGCUUUCAGCAUGAUGUACUGGACUGACUGGGGAGUCAAUCCAAAGAUUGAGAAAGCCGAGAUGGAUGGCUCAGGGAGACAAUCCAUUGUUACAGGAAAUCUAGCCUGGCCAAAUGGACUGACCAUCGACCAGGCUACAAACCGUCUAUACUGGGUUGACGCUAAAUUGGACACUAUAGAGAUGACCGACCUUAAUGGUGCGAGUAGACAGGUUCUGUUAUCAUCUGCAGAUCAAAUACAUCCCUUUGGUUUAGCGUUGUAUGAAAGUAUGCUUUACUGGACUGAUUGGAAUAAGAAAAGCAUUCUACGUUACAAUUUAACCAGUGCAAAACAUGAAACGGUGAUUCCUGACCUCCAGCAACCGAUGGACAUUCACGUUUAUGAUCCAUCUUUGUCAUUUACAGGUAAUUACUCAGAUUAUUAGUAUUUCAAUUUAAAGCUUUACAAUUUAAGUUCACAGUCCCUUUCAAUGUCAAAACUUGGAUGGACUUGAAACUCUCUAGCAUUAGAAAUAUUAGACCUAAGGAAAAAGAAAGCAAAUAAGAGAACGUCUCAAGCGCUGCUCCAUCUUAAGAUUUUCAAGCCACAAAUUCAUAAAAUACAGCAGAGAUGAAAGUCUGAAGUUAGUACAAAUAAUUAGAGGUGUUUAUAAGAUUAUAAAAUUCAUGUUCUGACUUGUUACCGCCAUUAGGUCCUCACGCAUGUGCUCAAAACAAUGGGUUAUGCAGCGACUUCUGUCUACUGAAGCCAGGAGGAUACAAAUGCGCAUGCCCAACAGGGAUUGUGCUGAAGCCUGAUGGGAGAAGUUGUGAUAAUGGUGAGGACGCAAGUCAUAUUUUCCCUUUUAACUUUGCCAAGUGCUUUUUAAUGCUGGCCAUACAAGUAUUAUAAUAACUAGAACACGCGAGAGUAGCAUCCUCGGCCAGGAAUACAUUUUGGAAUAAAGUGGAAAGUAACCAAAGUUGCACAUUUCCCUAUAAGGAACUUUUUUUCUAUUUAAUCUUUAAUUUUGUAAUAGUGUUCAUUUGUCGCUUAUUCUUGAGAAAGUAUGCAUUUAUACGACUGCUCUAUCUCCUUUUUGUUCAAGAUGGUUUUGAAAAAGCGAAUUUAGAAAAAUUCAUGGUCUUUCCUGAAGCUGAUACUCGAGAAAUAUACAGCGUUGCAAUCUCAGUAUCAGAGAGCCCUUGCAAACCUCUGCAAAUCAAAACAAACAUCUCUUCGCCCGUGGCGGUCGACUACGAUCCACUCGAUAGAAAAAUAUACUGGACAGAUGUCGCCCUGAAAUUAGUGGCAAGAGCUUUUCCUAACGGAUCUUCCGUUGAGGUCGUCGCAUACAACAAAGUUGAGGGGCCUGAGGGGCUGGCAGUCGAUUAUAUUGAACGGAAUCUAUACUGGACAGAUGCGGGAACCCGCAAAAUUGAGGUAGCACGCUUAGAUGGAUCAUCUAGAAGAAGUCUUAUAACAUCAGGAAUCGAAAGUCCAAGAGCCAUAAUACUCAAUAUAGCAGAAAGGUAACUAUGGGUAGUUUUAUUUUGAUUACGCGUCGUUAUCUACGCAUUAGUUGCCACUAAUAGUUUUCUUGUCAAUAGCGAUGAAGCGAACUUUGAAACCCACUCACACCAUGAAACAAAUUUCGGGGAUAAUUGGCCUUGAGUAAUUGCUGCGCCUGUUUUUGCAACAUAACGUUUUUAUUCUGACGAGUCGCUCGAAUGCAAACUAUAGAUUUGAAGUUGUACGAGGAUUGUCACAGAACGAAAAGGUUUGUAUCGAAGAGUUAUAGAAGCGGUUUUCGCCAAAGGUGUUCCAAUUCUUAGCAGGACGGGUAGAGAAACUCGUGAGACAGAAAAAGGAGAAGGAGCGAAACGGAUGAAUGGAAUUAAUUAAACUAGCUUAAUGAUUGUGCUCAUCAAGGACAGAUGCUCUACUGUUUCAAAAGAAAAAGGAAAAAAAUCAGUGGGCUUUGGAAAAGUGCUAAAUUUGUUUGAAAAACAGUUCUAUAAUAGUAAAUAUUGUCUCUGCAAAUUUAUGUACUAAGGACUCUACGCUAAUCCUCUGAUAUUUCAAAGAAAACAGUGCUACCUUUGCAAAACAGUCGCCAACACAUCAGAUAGUUUGACGCAGGGUUGUGCGAAUAUUUGGUGUUAGACAUUCUAAAUUAUUUACUUCUUUUUAAGUCACGAUCAUGAUUUAUUAUUUCUAGGAAGAUGUUUUGGAGUGAUGGCGGAUCUUCUCCAAAGAUUGAACAAGCGAACAUGGACGGCUCUUCCAGGGUGGUUCUUGUUAGUUCUGGACUUAAAGGGGUUAACUCACUAGCUAUAGACUACUCUGGAAAACUGUUGUACUGGUGCGAUGCAACUCUCGAUAAGAUCGAAAGGGUAGACUUUCAAGGGAAUAACCGAGUCGUUUUACUGGACUUGUCAUCUUAUAUUCGGCACCCAUUUGCACUGGCCUUAUCUGACAACAUUAUUUACUGGUCAGACUGGGAAAGGAAGAAUAUAAACAAAUUCAACAUUACUUCCUCUCUCAAUGAGGUUCUGGUUCAUGGGAUGAAGUCACCGAAGGAGAUGCACAUCCAUGAUGACGCAAAAAUCUUUUCUGGUAUGCAAUAAUGAAAUAGAAACUCAAACAAACAGACCUGCUCCCAUACUGGAUAGUAAAGCUUUCUUGUCGACUAUUCGAUCUGAUUCGUUUCUCAAAAUUCUCAUUUCGGGGGUAGGGCCAGCCAAUGUGUGAUCUGUUCACGUGGAAAACACACAAUGCAUCUUUUAUCUAACGAUCAAAUGCACGAGCAAUUUUCAAUAAUGUGCAACGUGUUCCCCAAUUGCUUUGGUUUUGCUUUACUUUGCCUGAUGAUUGGUUUAGAAAACUUACGCCCCCCUCAUAAACCAAUUGGACGCAAGAAUGCGAUCGCGACUUUGUCGAUCACGCUUUCCUGGGCCUCAAACAGUCUGUCUGUCAUUAUUUUGAGCCCUGAUGGCUAAUGAUGAUCCUAACUUUUCUUCUGAUUGACUAUUUAAUUUUUUUUUUUUUUUUUUUUUUGGGGGGGGGGUUGUUUUUUGAAAAAUUAGUUGAAAACUACGAUCACUUUUCUCCCAUAAUGUUUUGCGCGCUCAUACUUUGAUAGUCAAAGCCACGACGUGGUCGCUUUAACUCCACUUCCCUUGACGUGUAGGAUCAACCAGCUGUUCGCAUUUAAAUGGGGGCUGUAGUCAUCUUUGUCUCCCAAAUCCAAGUGGACACCAGUGCUUUUGUCCUGAAGGAGUACUGCUAAAGCCUGGCGAUCCCUUUACUUGUCAAGGAGGUAAGGAAAAGUCUAUUCAAAUUUUCACCAGUUUGUCAUUUGACCCCUCUAACUUGCUAUAUGUUUUUUCGAUGUUGAACGUACGUUCCAUUUGGUAACAGCAUAGAGUGGCCUGAGUUCUAGGGGGACUUACCUUUCAUAAUUGACUGACACGGUUGUGUGAAGGGUUGAUGGAUGGCAGCUUUAAAUCAAAAAAGUUAUUUUUUGUUGUUUUAUUUCUAUUUCAGUUAACCGCUGUGCCCAUUUGUCUGUGCCUUCAAACGGAAGCUUACAUCCUUGUUCUAAUCUUCCUGGAAAUACCUGUCGGUUUUCCUGUGACAAAGGGUACAUUCUCACCGGAUCAGCAACGCGAACCUGUCAAGACGAUGGCACGUGGACCGGCACACAGGCUAAAUGCAACGGUAGGGUAACCAAGGCAACCACUCUUCAAAUACAUCUCUAAAUAAGAAAUGCCCCAGUGGAUGCUGGGAACCAUUAUAACGGGUUUUUUUCUUUGGGCCAAUCUAAGCAAAGAAUCCUGCUAAAGACUUAUUGACUAAAAAUAAAAAACAGAGAUGUAAACCAACUUACAGACAGUCAGAGAUACAGACUGAUAGGUAGGCAGGCAGCCAAACAGACAGGCCGAAGGACACCCGGAAGUAUAGAAGGAGAGAUAAUAAUACAAAAAGGGGGAUAUUUAGGGCUUCCGGGGUGCCAGGUAGAAACGCAACCAAGUAAAUUGCUAAUAUUUAAUUAUUCAAUGAAUUUUUUGGCUUCCUUUUGUUUCCUUGUUUCGUUCUUAGCUGCCACAUGCCCAGCCUUAUCCAUACCAGCAAAUGGAAUCCAGACGGGCUGUUCAGGAAAAACGGCGGAGCAGCACAACAAAAUUUGCCAGUUUUCCUGCAAGUCUGGGUUCACUGGGAUUGGUUCUCCUACAAGAAAAUGCCAAGAAAAUGGAACCUGGAGUGGGCAAGACUUCGUAUGUUCAGGUUAAAUAAACUGCUACUGUAAAAGCACCACUUACAUAGGGAUCCCAAAUGGUUCUCGUUUAAAGUCUGCCUUAGUCUUAUCUUCCUCCUACUAAAGGCCACAUCACAGGUAUUUGUUUAACGAAAGUUUAUAAACAGAGAGGCUACGCACCUGGACAAAAGAUAAGUUUAGUAUAUUAAAAACAAAUCGGUUUUUCUGAUUUUUAAACACUCUUUUAUCUUUGUGUCAGUUAUCAACUGUUCCAAGCUUUUGGUAAGUCCGGGAGAUCCGUUGCGCAUGAGCAGCUGUGGAUAUAACUUCGGAGCACAGUGUAACUUUUCCUGUCCCACUGGUUAUCGCUUAAAUGGAUCCUCAUCACUCAAGUGUGUUGCCCAAAGUGACAGUCCCCCAGGCGUUUGGGAUAAUCGUCUGCCAACCUGUCAUGGUACUUUUUGUCGCUGAAUAUAUUUUUGCUCCGUUUUACUUGCUCCUUCACCUUUUCCUUCAAUACGUCUUAAGCAUAACUUUUUUUUUCUUUGCAGCCAUUACUUGUCCAUCUCUUCCUAUCCCAAAACAUGGACAAAAAGUUGGAUGCAUUGAUCCUGUAUGGGAGCCUUAUGAUACCCAUUGUAGUUUUGCAUGCCAAGCUGGCUACAGUCUGCUUGGUUCCUCUGUCAGGCGGUGUCUACAAAACAGCACAUGGAGUGGAGUUGCAUCAUCAUGUCAAGGUAAGGAGCUUAAAGGUCCAUAUGCUCAAGAAACAAGACAUCCUUUGUCCUCAAGAUGAGCUGUUUUUUUAAGGAGUCCCAUGAGUACAUUCUUUGACAGACUUGCAUUGAGACUCGCGGUCUAAGCCUGAGGCUGGACAGAGCGUGCGUUUAUGCAUCUUUUUUUCUUAUUCUCUUUCUGCUUCCUUUUCCAUUUUUUUUUUCAGAAAUGUGAACUGUAUAAUUCUCACCAUUAUUAAGAAUUAUAAUAAAGUUCGGAUAUAACGCGCGUUGUCAUUGGUUGAAAGAGCGUGCUCUAUGAGAGUAUAGAGCAUAGAGCUGAGCUACAGCUGUCACGCCAUCUGCCAAUUGUACUAUGUUCGACCUUUUCCGGGACUUCUUUUUAGCUUUUUUCCGAUAAUUGAAAGUGAAAUUUCGGAACUGAAGCGAGCCGGCAAGUAGCAACAGAAGAAUCAAACAAAGGUUUGUAAACAUACCAGGCGCCAUAAUUUACGUUAUUAAAACGUGAGCAGAUACGAAAAUCCUCAAAGGAAAAGCAAAAUAAAUAUUCCGAGUUUUAAAGAUUUUCACGCUCAGUUAGAUUGCAAGCUUACGUACGGUAAUAAAAAUCAAACACAGCUAACACUCGUAUAGUAUAUAAAGUUCAGUGUUCAAAAACAAAACAGAACAAAACAGAAAUGAUGAAAAAUAUAACCAAACUGGCAUAAUUGUUAACAUUCAUACUAAUCAUGAUGUGGCUGAGCGAAUAUGAUCAUGCUGAAGUUCAUCGCGGCUCGCUCAUCAUGGCGAUCUCCGGUCAUCACAGUAAAGCAAGCUCAGAAACUACAUCGGCCGCCCUUCGAGUGAAAAAAAUAAGAGCUUGCCUUUACGAUACGUUGAGUGGCAAUUCACAUCAGUCACUGCAGCCGAGUUUUGCGGCACUGUCAUCACGAGCGAUCUUCAUGUUCCGGUGAAUUCGGCUAUCGUUCAUUCAAAAAACACUCGCCUUGAACAGUUUGUUUUCUACCUUGUCAUGUGGAAAAAACUCGCGUGUUUUUAUGAGCCAUAAUUCGGCUGAAGUUCACUGAACAUUUCACUUCAAGAUUCUGUAGUAGAGACUUAAAAACUUCAGGCAAAACAGUUAAAUUCGACUUGCCGAACUAUUUUAGUUUGUAAACUAUCGUAGAAUUGGCAGCUUUAGUCUUGUACAGCUAAUCAGAUUAUUUGAACCAUUCUAACAAGGAUUCUGAUUGGCUUAUUGUUGCGUGCUUUAUAAGAGUAUAGAGCAUGCUGACGACAUUGUUGUUCGCUUUGGAAAUAAAGUUCAUUUUUAAAAUUGAAAGUAAUGCUUGGGUAAUUUAGCGGAUUCUUUAUUAUAAAACAAAUAGAGAAGCCUUGACUGUGUUCUGUUCUGUUAUAAAGCACGCAGGAAGCGGCUAGAGCACUCCAGAAGUGGGAAGAAACACUCGACUACGUCUCGUGUUUCUCCCUACACUUCUUUCGUGCUCUAGCCGCUUCCUGCGUGCUUUAUAACAGAACAGAGCACAGUCAAGGCUUCUCUAUUUGUUAAUUAUGUUUGGAUGGAAAUAUUCUGAAAUGUUUUUCGAAAGAUGUUCAAAGCUGGUUCUUAUUUUUUAACAUUUCUGUGCUCCAAUCAUAGGUAUUUCUUUACGAUUAUUUUCAGUUGUCGCCUGUGGUCCACUCUUCCCUCCCAUGAAUGCGAUCAUUUCUCCAUCUUCAUGUGUAUCUGGUAGCCCUUAUGGUCAGACAUGCAGAUUUUCCUGUGGAACUCUAGGAUAUGUUCUUGAUGGAACUUCCUCAAGGGUAUGUGGCAACAAUGGGAAAUGGACAGGAUCCAACAACACCCGCUGCAUAGGUUAGUUUAUGUUGUAGAAAAUAAAAACCAUUUAGUUAUCAGAAACAUUUGGUUAUUCCGCUUCGAAACGCUAUAUCAUGGUUCAUGGAUAUCUGUGCAACUUUUUAUACUUCGUUAUUUUAAAGGAACGUUAAUUUGAGCCAUUCUCCAUGAUCGCCUUUCUAAUUCCUUCUGGUUUGUUGCUACCUCUUUGCACUGGCAAUCUACAAUCGUCCAAAAAAUGUUUAGGACACCGCAUCAUGACAGCAAUAAUUUAGCAUCUCUUUCAGAAGAAUUGAUAAGAUUCCUUCCCGUUCACGUGAAAGGAAUCCGGAGAAGCCUCGUGUGGGUAACCUAGCCUGCAACACCUUUUAUCAAAGCACGUAUCGGCACUGAUAUACAUUUGAUCCUUUUUUCAUCGCUUACAGACAACAUGCGCCCCUCUUUCAAUAACACGUGUCCCCACAACAUGGUUUUCUAUACCGCUGGAUGUUCACCUACUGCUCUUGUCAAGUGGAAUGAACCAGUUGCUGAUGACAAUUCGGGCCACGUGUCGGUCAGCUAUCCAGCAAUUCGACCACCCACUCAAUUGGACGCUGGCCUCUAUCGAGUGAUUUACUCAGCCAAAGACGAUAACGGAAACAGUGCUAACUGCAGUUUCACCGUUCAAGUGACAAGUAUGACACUUCGCAUGAUAACUCCAUAUAAUUAUUAUAAUUAUAUCCUAAUACAGUGGGUAGGUUUAAGGGCGCCCUCUGAUUGGCCACCCAAACUCCGAAUAUCCUUUGCUAUUCACCUCCGAGAAACGCACGCGGGAAUUGCGCCUGAAAAUAUUGUAAUCGUUGCAGGACUAAAAAUAACCGCCAUUAACCACCUUCACUUCCUUGGAUACUUGUUAAUUAACAGGUGGAAAUUUGGUUCACGGCCAAUGAAAACAAACGUCUUUCAUUCACAGGAAAAUCAUGUCCAGUCCUUCCUCAACCAGUACAUGGAUAUAUAUCGCUAACAUGCCAGAACCGGUUUGGUUCCCAGGCUUCUUUCACCUGUGAAAAAGGAUUUAAUAUGAAGGGCUCUCUUCUUCGCACCUGCAGAAGUGAUGGGACCUGGUCAGGCAACACAACCUCUUGCCAAAGUAAGCAGCUUUAAGUUAUAAAUAAUCCAUAUAACCUCUGAGUGAAAAAAUAUAGAAUGUCCAGCCGUGUUGAGUUUUAGCGAAGUACUUACGAAAGUAAAAUGCAUUGAGGAAUUCUGUUAACUGAUUUCUUUAUCUAAACAUUAGGUUUCCUAUUUGCAAAGAUUUUCUCCCUUUUACUUUUUUUCUGUUUCGCAUACUUUUGGAAAAAAAGAUGUGAAGUUAUUCGUGCAGUUGUGCAAUCUGCUGACCUUCAAAAGCAAACUACAUUGAUGCACGUACAGGAUAAUUCUCACACGUGUUUCUAUUCUCUCAGUUGUCAAAUGCCCUACCAUAAGGGCCCCAUCUCAUGGUAGGGUCUUUCCCAGUCCUUGCAAGUUACUCUCAGGAGUUCAUUACAAGACAGAGUGCUAUUUCAUUUGUGAUGUUUCGGCCGGAUAUCAACCUCUAGGAGCAAGAAAUGUGUCCUGCCUUGAAAAUGGAUCAUGGAGUGCAGAUGUUACUAAUGUUAGAUGUAGAGGUACUUAAUUGACAUUUUAUUUUGAUAAUCCCUCAGUUAUUAGGACAUAUUAUGCAUGAUUUUAAUCAUAGUUUAAAAGCAUAUUUACAAUGAUAAUAAAAAAAAAACAGACUAAAUUUAGGAUGUCAAUGUUUUCCCUUUUGAACCCCUCUUGUGUUGAUGUGAUUUGGUCAUUCUUUUCUACAUCACAAAGUUUUUUCGGAGUAGGUUUCCCAGUUGUCUUUCUGUUUCACUGAUGUAGGUGACCAAUAAGGAGAAUACUUCGUGACGAAGGAAGAAUUGACGAGGACACAUUCAAACCAGUCGUUGGAAAGUUUAAUCUUUCUAGUCACUCUAAGUAACGUGUGGUAAUCUGCAGCACUCCCCUAUUCUGGACCGUUCGGAAAGCUGCAAGACUCUACAACAAAAAUCUUAUUCAAAUCGGCACUCUUAUUCCCCACUAACACUUUUUAUUCACCUAAUUUGUUCCUGUGUUUUUGAACUGACCAUGCUUCCACCAAAAUCAUAAAUAUAUUUUUCUGCGCAUUUAUCACACACAGCCUACGAUUCCUCGAUUUACUCUGACGAAGUGCCAACGCCGGAAACAUCAACUUUAGAGUCUCCAUACGAUGGCCAAAUAUAUCCUUAACUUACUUGAUAACCAUUUUUCCCGACAGAUAUCCAGCAUCCUAGAAUUCAAUGCCCACUUGACAUGACAACCCCCACAAAAACUGGUCAGUCAUAUGCGAACGUAACUUGGAAGUUACCAGUCCCCACGGACAACUCUAACGAACAUUUGAUUCUUACUGGCUUGACGCCGCCGCAGAAGUUUAAUGUUGGUACAAAUCACAUCACGUACAAAGUCACUGACUCUUCCAGGCUGAGUUCAUCCUGUACUUUCUCGAUUCAGGUCAAAGGUAUGAGUGCGUACACGCCGUUGAUAUUAGGCGUGGACAUAUCAUUACUUCCAAUCUUUCAACAUGAUAUCUUUUAAAAGGAGCACAUUUCUAGCCAUUGAGUUUCGCAAAACCAAAACAAAUGUAAUCCCAGAGCACUCUACCCAUUUACUUAAAAGAGGUACAAAAACUUUUACCAUUUGCAUCUUUAAUCAUUUUCCAGGUACUAACUAUGGUGAUAUAAAACAUUUAUACACAAAAUCACAUCACAAAUUUUACCAAAUAUUGACAAUUCAACAGUUUUCUGCAACCUUUCAAAUAGUGUCGGCUUUUUAAAAGCAAAAGCUUUGGUUCCUCAAUAAAAGGAGGCCUAAAAAGGCUUUCAAACAUCUAACUAGGGUUCGACAGAAAAAUCUUCUUUAUAAGAUUGAACUUGGAAACAUUUGCAUGAGCAAAUUUAUUUGUUCAAUUGUCAAUCGCUCCUUUUCUUUUUUAAGUCAUGUUUUCUUACAACAUACCUUUUUUUGGUUAAAAGUUGUCUUUAUUAACUUUCGACUUACAUACAACAGUGCAGCACUAGCACAACGUAAAAACACAGCGUAAUUAUGACACCAACAAUGCUUGUGUUACUUACAAUACUACCCCUAUUGAUAUUUAUACUUAUUGAUACUCACGUUAAAGACUACUCACAAAAUGAUUUUCUUUUAAAUUAGCCUACACUACAAAUUUUAUGAUGCUUACACUACUUGCAUUACGAGAUUUGAAUAAAUAAUUAGGUUACUCUACAUACUAUACAAUACAUACACUGGCAAAGGUAGUUACAACUUAUGAGAGGUAGACUGCAGCACUUCACAGGCACAAUGCAGAUACUUCAAUUAUAUUUCUACUCCAACAGAUAAAGAGCCACCCAGAAUUUCUCCCUGUCCCGAAGAUGUACUCAUUACUUCUGCAAAGCAAUGGACUAAGGUGUGGCUACCCAGAGUUGAGGUCACCGAUAAUGUUGGUGUUCACUCAUUUAUUACAAACAGACCAAACGGAAGCGAGUUUACAUGGGGACAACACAAUAUAACAUAUAGUGCUACAGAUACAGCUGGUAAUACAGCCACGUGCAAGUUCCGUAUAAUAAUUAAGGGUAUGUAUAGUCUAGUCUAACUUUAAAUUUACAGUUUUACAGUUAGUUUCCUUGGUAACAGUCAUCGGAUCAAUGACAUUUUCUGAGCAACUGCGCUCCUACCUCUCCAUCCUCCCUAACUUGUCAUCAGUUGACUGUUGUUGGGUUAGGGGAUGGAUAGGUGCGCUGUUGCUUAGAUAUGCUGACAGGGUUAGGGGAGGGGUAGGUGUGCUGUUGCUCAGAUAUGCUAACAUUGAUCCCGGUCAUAGCUUGUUUGUGGGUAGAAAAGAUAUCACGACUCAGCGACCGGUCUUCCAACAUACCAGAUAAGAGCUACCACCGAAUGAUAGCACAAUACCAAAAUAUAGCGUUAGGCUGGUAAUUUUUUAUCAUUAUUCUGAAAUAAUUGUUCUUUUUGGGAAAAGUAAGCAGGUUACUGGCGUUUUUAAAGAUUGAAUAUGAUUUAGGGGUGGUGCAGAAUCCUCAUUAAGUCACUGUUUACAGUUUGAAGAGCGCGAUGGUCUACUGCCGCGAUAAGGAAAGAUGAUGAUGUAAAAAAUUAUGAUGAUGAUGAUGACGUAAUUUCUGCUUAUUUCUGAAAUCAAGAUUAUGAAUGUCCGAAGCUGCAUUCACCACUGAAUGGAGCAAAAGCAUGUGACUUAUGGCUGGAAGGUGGUAAGAUCUGCACACUUCACUGUAACGCUGGAUAUGACUUCGCUAACAAACCACCAGAUGCCUAUUUCUGUGGUGCGUCAGGUGGAUGGCUGCCUGAUGAAAAAGUACCAGAUUGCUCAGGUAAGCGUGAACACACUAUGCAACGUUAAAGUGUGGGCUGCAUCCAUGGAAAAUGCCUUAUGGCAACGAUGGUACGGACUCUAGAUAGUUGCUACCAAAAGAGGCAAAGUAGUCAUCAAGUUGGCAGCCAUGAACAGCUUUUCUGGCCUUGUUAGGCCUAAUAAAUAAGGCGUUGCCAGCAUAAGCGGCUUGGGUAGCAUAUGAAAAAAAAAAAUAACAAAUUACAUAUGGUACAUAGUUUGCAUGUUCGAGUCUGAAUCGAGAGAUUGCUGUUCAACCCUGGGGCCUAACUCUCAAAAGUUUCGCUAACUCGAGAAGCACGAAUAUAAUAUUUAUAAAUGAAAUUAUACGCUAGGAUGAUGCAAGUCUUCGCCCAGACACUGGUGCAUUCUGUUUCUUUUCCUGUUAUCUUUACUGUUUGCAUCUCAAAUUUUUCAAAAUUUCUAUCUCGAAAGAAACAUGGCAAUAAAGUCCGCCUUUCUGGCCUGUUAAGUUCCCGGAUCUUUCGAGAAACGGGCUCUUGUUCUUAGGAAAGGAUUUUUCCCACAGUGCCUCUUUCUGCACAGGAUUACAGAUGAGUACCGCUGAACUGUGAGCCUGAAAUCGUCUCCCGGCUACCUGUUGCAUUUCAAAUAAUCUAUCAGUCAUUUACAAUAUGGAGUCCUUUCUUUGGGAAUCGAAGAUCCGAUUGCUUUUGUAACUCAUCCGCGUUUUGCCACUCUUUAGGAUUUUCUAAAACGUUUUUUGAAGAAAACAAUUAGCAAUUAUUCAUUUUCAAAACUUCUGUUACAGAAACACGCCAGGCGACGACUCUGCUCAAAAUUCAGCUCCACUACCUAGCUGAUCAAUGCAGCGAGCAAAUUCAUCACCAGAUCGCCAGCAACUUUAUUGCACUUUACACCACUUAUUUGGGACCAGACAAUGGCUGCGAUUCACUCGGGUUAUGCACAAUCGAAAACGUCGAGGUCGAAUGUGGAGACCAGACAGGAACACUUCGAAAAAGAGACUUAGGAAGUAAUCCGCUCUCAUCAAGAAUUUCACUUUCCAUUAGUUUUGAUUUCAAAGUUCCACUGCCCAGGAAUACGACUGCAGCUGAUCUUAAUCAGACAACUGAAGAAAUUUCCAGUAACCUAUUAUUAAAGUUUAACAGAACAGAUGUGAAUCUUAAUAUCAGUGGGAUUUCCUUAGUUUUCGAUGCUUCAAAACCACCUCAAGUCCGCUUCGUGCGCCUUUUACGUGAUAGUGGACAGGUUCUAAGAGGCUCCAAAUGUGGUAAGCAGAUUUUGUAAUCAUAAAAAUUAUCAAAACACAAAGUGACUGGUUAACCUGCUUUGCUUAAAGAUUCUUAUUUUGUCCAAGAUAGUUGGUUACGCUUGCACUUUUCCAUAAGCAAGUAUUCUAAAAAAUAAUUUGAUCGUUUUAGACAAACAGGAGCAGUGAGAUACAUGAAGCAAAUAAAAGAAUAGCCAGAUAAUUUUUUAUUUCACGUUUGCCAAAUACUUCCCUAUAACUAUGAAAUUUUCUAAAAUGCCCGAGUAUUCCAAAGUGGCCGUAAAAGCAAUUGCACAUCCGCUUUAAAAUUGGUUUGUUUAAAAAAAUAGGUGUUAUACGAUUGGCUGCCUACUCUAGAUCAACAAUCUUUCAAAGGCGCAGAAUUUCUUCGCAGAUGGCAUUUGAAAAAUUAUGUGAGUUGAGAAAACGUAUUGAAAGCGCUAACUCUAACUUAAGGAGAACUAAAAUCUUCCUAUAGCUUUUAAGCCCCCAGAUGGUUACGGAGUACUUGGCUAAGUUUAGACCCUAUCGUAAGUAAUAAGAAAGAUGUAAUUAACUCAACGAAGGAAACAUGUCAUAACCAAGCACCAAAAAGUCAUUCUUUUAAAUGAAUCGACGUACAAAACAUUUCUCCUGAAAAUGAGUUUCCUCGCAUGAGGGUGAAGAAUGAUUCUAAUAUAAGUGUCGAAAAGGCAAUGCACUUGCCUUGCUAUGCAGUCAGAUGCAAUAUAAACAGCUCUGAAAUGGCUGACUCAAACAGUUUGAUGAUACGUCAAACCUUUUUAAAUAUCUUCGUCCUUUUUGCUAUUUAUAGUGAGCUGUCCUGUUGGAUACUUCCACAAUACUUCAGAGUGCCAGGCAUGCGCAGUGGAUCAUUACCAGGAUAAAGAGGCGCAGACUUCUUGUGUUCCUUGUCCAUCCGGGACAUCAACGUUUGGCGCGUUAGCAUCUAAAUGGCAGGGAAACUGUGAAGGUCUCUAAAAAAAUUAUGCUAGAUGUCUUCUUUUGACUUAUGAUGAAUUUAAUUGUACUGCUGUAAACAAUAUUCGUAUUUGACCGCUUGCCAAUUCUUAUUUUCAUCAGCAAAUUCCAAAACGUCAAAUACCGAUGGGAAAGGGACAUCUGGUCACCUUCUCAAUGUCAUCAUUGCCAUGGCAAUAGUUGUACCUGUCAUUGUAAUAGUUGCUGUCGCCAUCUUUUGUGUGUGGAAGCAAAGAAUGUAAGUGUAAAGCGUCAUUUUUAUUUUUUUUUUUUUUUAUGGUUGUCAUUAUCGUCACCAUAAGUAUUUCUAACUGUUAUUUUUAUUGCCGUCGUGGUUUUUCAAAAGUGGAAUAGAAAUCGAUAGAGUUAAAUUGCAAUGGAAGAAAAAGAGGUGAAAAGGCUUAGGAAGGGUGAACUGGCGUGAACAGAGCAAGGGUGAUGGUGGGGUAACGUGUUGACAGCGUUCAAAAGCCAAAAUUGCAAAAGCUGGUCUCAAUAUCAAUAAAAUAACAACAGGAAGCAUUUAAAUAAUCGUACUGGAUGCCAGGUUUAUUCAUCGCUGAAAACCAUUCCGUUCUUCGCCCUUCCCCAUUCCCUUGCCGAUUCAUCAAGUUUCUCUGAUAGUUUGCCAGUUUCCCUUAAUACUUAAUGGUGGAGAGCAUCACAUUGACGACAAAAGAAGUAACAUAUUGUCCUCAACAUUACAUCACUGUGACUUUACCGUGGCUUAAAUUUGGACCUCUCGAACAGUUGCUCCUGCGUACUAUUUACUAAACCACCGUAAUUCCCAACUUUGAUAUAUCCUCUCCUCAGAUCCUUUGUGAUAUCGGCAUCUAAAGGUUACCUCCACUACUCAACAACCCACGCACAAAGCAUAAAACAAAUAUUCUUAUUUUGGCCGAGUAAGGCAUUAACAAAGUUAAGAAUUUGUCUUAUUUCGGAGUUCCAAGACGAGUUCGCUUGAAUGACAUAGUAUCACAUAGCAAGGUUUGAUACAUGCAAGCUAGUUAAAGAUUCAUGUCUCUCUUUCUCAGCUAUUUUAUCUUUCCUCCCUCAGAAGACCUCGGCGAACAACGUCUGAGACCAGGGGACACAACAAUCCAACAUAUGAAGAUCCAAUGAAUAACCGUGUCUAUGAGGAAAUUGAAGAAUUGCAGUUUCCGAGUCCUCAUUCCCAUUAUCAGUUACUGAACACGGAACCGCAUACUUACGCGGAGCUUCGAAACAGUCACUCUCAAGCCUAGGGAUAUAGUUUGACGACUUCAGACAAUCUGAGUUGAGAUUCUUUUUUGGUAUAGUCCUACCUUCACCGGUUUAAGCCGUGGAUAUGCAAAGCAUAGGAAAAAGCAACGCGUUAACGCGGCCUAGGAAGUCUGGGGAGAGCAUAUAACUUACAUAGGAUGUCAACCCAAUCUUGAUUAUGGCAAAUCAAUUGGGGUGGGCUCUUGUGGGGAUGCCGGCUAAUUUUGUGCCGAUAAUGUACUACGAAAUAGCCUUUUUAUCAGAACGUCAACAACUGAAUAUUACCUCUCAAUACUUUCUUAGGAGAGUAGAAAUUAAAUGUCAAGGUUUUUUAGACUUGACCCGACGAAACAACAAAUUAUAUUCUGCACGUUAUAUCCACGAGUUCAUCAUAGUGUCACUUGGAUCUUGUUAUACAGUAUAUAUUUAUGG